AUGGCGGAGCCAGACCUGAGACCUCAUGCCAGGGCAGCUGGGCUGUGGGCUCCUGGGGCUCUGCUGGGGAGGUCCUUGCCCAGCAGUGCUUGUGUCCCUGCAACCUUGGUGACAGCCAUACUGAGAAGUCGUUCACUGAUUAUCUGGAACCCGCAGGGGGCGCCCGUGCUUUGUCAACCCCACAUUCCAGUGCUAACGCUGGUGGUCCUGCCUUCUAGCAGGGUCACAGUGGUUCCUGGCACUGUGCCCUGUGUGGGCCCUGGGUUCUCCCAUGUGGCGCUGCCUGACACGGUGUACUGCAGCAAGGACUGCAUUCUCAAGCACGCGGCAGCUGCUAUGCGACUACUAAGUGCACAGAAAGGACACAAACCGAAGCCUAAAAAGAAGGUCAAGAUGAAGCCAGAAGAGCUCUGUCUCCCAAAACCUAGCGUGCAGGCAGGGAUUACAGUGUCCUCUUUGCACAAGAGGCCAGCUUCAGAGGAAACUGAAAACCCAGCGAAGAAGGUGAUGGCGACUCCUUCUAGGUGGGAAGACAUGGUGAAGGAGGCGGCCAGCAAGAGCAGCACACCCUCCUGGGCCCGCGACCACAAGGCCAGCGCCAUGGUGCCAGAGAAGACUGCUGCUCCCUCCCCACCACACUGGGGUAAAUGUAGGUGUCCCCCUGAUGUGAGCCUCUGGGCACCACACACACUGUCUGGAUAGCCACAGGGUGACCAGGAUGGGCAGUCCAGGCUGUGUUUUUGUAUAGUGUGGACACCGAUCACCAUCAGCUGGAAGCAGAUGCCAGUGUUCUGGGCUGCUCCAGAGCCUGGCUUUCCGUCCCUUGCCCGUGACUCUCCAUCCUGGUGUUUCCCAAAGAGCUGUACAAGACUCACUGCGGAUGCUCCCGGUGGUGCAGUUCUUACUGUCCAGCUGCAUGCCAGGCCAGGCUCUGGCGAGCACUGGUGUUAUCUCCAGCACACCCGGGUCAGCCAGCGCCAGCCCCAGGCCCGGGUUCCCCACUGCUCACACAGCACUUUAUUAUGGCCCUGCACAGAACCUGAGCUUUUCAAUGUUACUGCUUUGCACAAAUACCCCGCUCCCUCGCCGUGCUGCAGGCAUCUCUCUGCGAGUCAGUCUUGCCUCAGAGAGCUGCGGUACAACUCUUAGAAGUCCACAGAGUUCUUGACUUGACAGCAGACACUGGGU